AUGAAUAUGCAUCAUGGGCAUUAAGAUUCAAUCUUAAACACCUCACUGGCCAUAGUAAAUCAACACCACAAUACUUUUGACAUCUUGGUAGACGACGAAUCCGAACACAAGUUCUGGACAAACAAGAGGAAAUAUCAAUUCAAAUGUCUUUUGAGAAGAAUAGUCCUCAUGCUCUACAACUCUGGUCCCGUUUAUUUUACCUACUUGAUUGUGAGUCUCUACAUUUUUAAAUUAUUACGCAAGGUUGAUACAGACAAGGCGUUUCGAUAAUAAUACAUGAAAUAAUACGUCUACGACUACAUGCUCUGCAUUUGCAUAGUCUGCAUUUACACAAUCUUUCUAUAUGGACUGUUCAAUCAUUCAGAAUUGUCCGAAGUCAAUCGAGAGUACUUUCAUUGGGCAGUCAAUUGUGUCUUGUUCAUCAUGUUGUAUGCCAUAUUCAUAACGCAAAAGGAAUUGGUUAAAAUUGAAGAAGUGGAAAUCGAGAAAGCACAAUAAAUUAGGACUCAAAAAGAUAAGGAGCAGAGAUAUGUGUUUUCCUUCAACUUCUCCUUCCUAUUCAGUCAGCAAAAUUUCUACAACAUCGGUCUUGGCAGAGCCCACAUGGAUUUCAUCAAAGCUCAGGAUUCCCAGGACAAGGACAAUCUUAACACUAUUCAAUAAUUCUCUAAAUAAGUCGAUCACAUCAUCGACAAAGAGAAUCUAGACCCAACCAUGAUUUACUUCAGCAUGUGUUCUGAUUUCAUAAAUAGUGAAAUAUAGGCAUCCCCUAUGGCAAAGAAGAGGAAAUCUAAAUUGGUAAAGGAAGUAGAGAAGGCUAAGUCUGUUUUGGAUUAUCUGCAGGAUUUAGGAUUUAAUGGCAAUCGGAGUGUAUUCCAACACUUUCUCUUGCCACAUUACAUCUACACCAGAAAAUUCCUAAUCCCCGAUUCUAAUUUACAGAUCAUCGUGGUCAUAACCUUAAUCACUCUGAAGGUCUUAAUACCGAUAUUCUUUUUGUUUUGGCCAAUUCAUCCUUACACUCUCAUCUACUCAGUGAUAUUCAUGGGAUUCUACAUGCAUUUUCUAUCCAUUAUCUUCCAAUUAGUAUUGAAUGAUGAUCUGAAAACUAGAAACUACAUUCUAUAGGCUUUGAAUAAGAUUAUCACUAUAGACAUGGACCAAGAAGACGCACUGCAUGAAUUAAUAGACAUUACUUGUUCACUCAGUCUUCAGAGUUGGAAUCUGAUGAGAACAGUUGUGAUAUACAUUGAGAAGAAGAAGAAAAUAGAGUACAAUUAUGUCUAUGGUUUUCUUGCUCUUUAUGGGGCUAUGUGUUUCGGUGGAUUUACAUUGUGCAAUUUUGAAUUACCAUUCAUGCAAGCCAUAAAUUAUUGCGAUGACGAUGUUCUUCUGUAUAACAUCCAUGCAGACAUCGUAUUAUCUUUCAUCAUCUGUAUGGGCAGGAUCUACUAAGGCUCUAAUUUCAAUCAGACUUUUAGUGAAAUAGAUGCAAACAUUCACAAACUCACUGCAAUAUAUGAAGACUUAUACACAUUAUUUGAUUACUAUUUUAAGAACAAGGAUAUAGUUGACAAUAGAAUAUACAGACAAGUGAUUGAAUUGAUUUACACAUAUUAAAAGAAGAAGAUGCAAAUGCCAUUGCAAAGGAAUAUCAAAAAUAAGGUAGAUGUAAUUGAGACUGAGGAAAUGAUCAUAAUGAGAGAUAAGGUAGCUGAGAUUAAAAGUUGUUUGGAGAAGAUCUAGAGUAAUGUAGAAAGGGAUGUGAGGAAAUGUCAUGAUAAAUUCAUUGGUAUUUUCGAUGCAAAUUUCAAAAAACAAAUGAGAAUCAUGAUUUUUGUUAUAAUAACAUUUGUACCAUCCUUAUCAACAAAAGUGUACAAAUAUCUCAGUUAAAUGAUGUGAUUUAAAUUAUUAUAGCUAUAUAAAUA